UUCCUCAUGGCUGAGCGCGCAGCAAGAACUCAGCAGCAGCAGCAGCAGCAUUUCUCAGAGGUUAUGGGCGGUCGGUGUAUAAAGAACCGUGGCACACAAGCCAGAGCAGCCAGAUCCACACCGAGCAGAGUGGGGACAAAGCUCCGGGCUGGUGGGGCCGUGCUGGGGGAACCGCUGUCCCUGCAGCUGGACGCUGCGUCCUUCUGCACAUGGAGCACCAAACCCUGGGCUGGGUGCUGCUGCUCAGCACCUGGGCCGGCGCGUUUGCUGCCGGCGGCAAGCUCAGCCCCGUCAAGGAGGUGGCGAUGGACAUGGCCCUCAGCUCCUUUGACGACCAGUACCAGGGCUGCGGCCGCAUGAUGGAGGCUGAGCUGGAGGAGCUGAACCGCACCGAGUUCGACAGCAUCCACGCCACCGACUGGAGAAGGGCGGCUGCGGAAUGGCAGAGCCGAUGGGGUCGUGCCGCCCGCCCACCGGCGCUGGGAUGGGAUCAGGCCACGGCCAUGCUGGCGUACAUGCUGCAGGGGAACCUGUACCACGAGUUCAAUGCGGCCACGCUCACGGGCGGGCGCUCCCGGCAGCACUACCUGCGCUCCUUCCCCUUCAAGACGCUGCACUUCCUCCUGAGCAGAGCCCUGCACACACUGCGCGAAUCCCAGCCCCCGCGAUGCCACCACGUCUACCGCGGCGUCAGGGGCACCCGCUUCACGGCACGGCGAGGCAGCACGGUGCGCUUCGGCCAGUUCUUCUUUUCCUCCCUCCAGAGGAACCUGCCCAGAGAGUACGGCCCGAACACGUUCUUCUCGGUGGAGACCUGCUACGGCGCACGCCUGCUGAACUUCACCACCUUCCCCGCUGAGGACAAAGUCCUCAUCCCACCCUUCGAGCACUUCAGGGUCACCAACAUCACCAACAGCAGAGGCAUCACCUUCAUCCAGCUCCGCUCCCAGGGGAACAACAGCACCUACAACUGCGAGUUCGUGAAGGAGAAAAGGUGCAAGGAGCGGCUGUGUGUUUUCAAUGCAGGCAGGAGCAUCCCUGGGGAAGCCCCGCAGCUCUGGGUGCUCCUCCUGGCAGCCGCAGCCCUGGCAGCCGUGGGUGCUCCCUGAGCUUUACACCGCCCCAACGCGGGCACGCGAGGGCAGGAACGCGGCAGCGCAUUUCACGGGAGCUGCGGGCGCUGCUUCCCCGCUGCCACCGCUUUCGGUGCGCGCUGCUGGACGUGGAACAGCAACGGAGGACGGCGCACGGUUCUUCCAGAAAAAUGAAAUAAAAGCCUUGCUUUUAUCGCUUUUAUUGCCUGUGGCUCUCCCAGCCCGGCACACGGCGCUCGCCGGGCAGCCGCCGUCGCUUUAAGGAAGCCGCUCAGCCCCGCAGCUCGUUGAGCUGGGGGCACCGGGACCCCCCCACAGCGCCCCAUGGGGCAGCCCUGGCCCCGCACCGCAGGG